AUGGCUGCCGACGUGGAGCACGAGUACUCGAGACUCAGCCCGGAUCAGCAGCAAGAAUACCUCUCGUGCCACGAGCAAAGGCUCGAGGGAGACAGCCAGGACGAUUCGGGCCGUCUUAUGGCCAUCCUCCGGAGUAAUGCCUACAACUUGGACGAUGGCCGGGUUGCCAUCUAUCCUAAAGUGGCACUCAUCAACCAUUCCUGUCAGCCCAAUGUGCUCAACGCUGAUAACAGCGGCACCAGGAUCAUCGUGGCAAUACGUGAUAUCCAAGAGGGAGAGGAGAUUUUGACAACCUAUAUUCCUUUACUUACGGACACAGAGAGACGCAACCAGAGGCUUCAGCCGUAUGGAUUCCGUUGCGACUGCACAGCCUGCCGGACUGGAGCUUCAGAUGCACGACGGCUCCAGGCUGGCAGAGACCUAGAAGAGUUGGAGAACGCUCUGCGGACACCCGGCACGAGAACAAGUUUUGCAAAGAACAAGCUCAUGCUGUCCGCUCAAGGCUUGGCAGAGUACGUCGAGGAAGAAGGAUUUGCAGACUACCACAUCAAAACAAGCAGGCUGGCUUUCGACCAUGCCGUCUUGGCCAGCAACAAGAGCAACGCCAGGGAGUGGGGUUUGAGACACCUGAAGCAUCACGAAGUGGUUGACAAAGAUUCGCACGCGUCACGGCAGGCCCAGAGACUGCUGGACUCAUUGUGAGACACGCAUGAGUUCAACUGCCGUUCAUAUGGAGUGAAUCUGCAUCUUUUCUUUCGGUGCUGUGGCCAGACUCUGGAGUAGAGCAGCCUGUAAGCGCGCGGAUGCUGAAGAUCUUCCGAACUUCCGAGAAGUUUGCCCUACGUGCGGGCUGAGAUCGUUUCUCGGACAGUUGGGAACGCCGAUACCAUCUGAUAGGUACAAGUAGUUAUGGCAGGGCCGAAAAAUAAAC